AUGGAAGGAAAAUGGUUAGCUAACCUUAACGAAUUAGCAAAAAAUGAAGAAACCGCAGAGCACGAAUAUCAUGCAUCGCUAAAUAAAGAUGUAAGGAAAGAGAAGAUGAUAUACUCCAGCUACCUGUUAGAAUCAUGGAAAUCCAAGCACCAAAUCGACAGAGAGGAAGAAGCGACGUCAACUAAAAGGCGAAAAGAUUUAACAAAUGUAUCGCUUGAAGAUGAUGGCAAAAGUAAUACUACCAACGUUGCGUAUUCCGGAAAGAGUAUGGAUGAUCUUCUUCCUGGCGACCAAGCACAUUCAAAAAAACCUCUCAUAGAAUCAAAUCGGAAUGAUGGUUUGCGUAUACCAUCAUCUGCUCCGUCUUCUAAAAUUAAUUGCAAAGAUGUCGAGCCUGAAUAUUACGAUGCCAAGAAACGAACAAAAAUUAUUUAUUCGUGGGAAGAUGCAAUUGACAAGAUUGAUUUUAGAAAUACUUCAAAGAAGGACGUGAGUAAAUAUGGAUUUUUGAAAGUUACAAUCAUUCCAAUGAGUUCCGUGAUUUACGAUUCAACAGAUCAAGGAAAAACCGCAUUUGUUAUUAAUAUAGUUGAGAAAUCCGUGACUAAUUUGCCACAAUUGCCUUCUAUAAUAUUGACACAAAAUCAAUCAAAUAAUUCAAAGCAAUUCUCAAACAUUGUUGAAGUCAAGAAAGAGUUACCUGAAUCCUUAAUUUUUUUAUCUUCAGAAUAUCUCAUCAAAAACGAAUCUGAUAUAGAUACUCUUAUCAUUAUUUUACAACAAAAAUUCCAAAUGUCGAAAGAAAAACUGGAACAAUGGCGAGCCAAGAUUGCUUUUGAAAUGCGGGAUAAUCAAAAUUAUUGGAAAAAAGAGCGCGAGAGUAUGGAUGAGGUUGCUUUCUUGGAAUAUAAGCGAAAUUUCGAGGCUAAAAUGAAAGUUCCUACUACUCCGCACAAAAAGAAUUGA